UCUUUGUGCUGCAGGACGGUCCGUGCUCACUCAGGUCCCGUUUAUAAAGGUGUCUGCAAAAACUUCUCAAGAUCACAAGGUCACGGUUUCAUCCAACCGACACACGGCGGGGAAGACAUCUUUGUCCACAUCUCAGACAUCGAGGGGGAGUAUGUCCCCGUUGAAGGAGACGAGGUCACAUACAAAGUGUGCCGAGUCCCGCCAAAGAAUGUGAAGGUGCAGGCCGUGGAGGUGAAGAUCACACACCUGAACCCGGGGACCAAGCAUGAGACCUGGUCCGGCCAGAUCAUCAGCUCCUAGUUGUGGUGCUCGGCGAUUGAUGGAGGGGGAUUGUGGAACUUGGCUUUUCAGGGGUCAGACCCAUAUCCAAAAUGUCUUUAAUUCUUCACAGUAAAGUGCUCGGGUUCAUAGUUAGACUGUGAGGCACAGCACUGUUUCAAAACUGCCCCCCCCCAUGCAACAAUCAACUCACUCUGCAUGAGACACUGAAACUUUUAAUGUCAGGUUAAAAUAUGUUUUUCUUUGUUUAAUUGAUCUAAAGAUGGACCUAUAGAUUAAAGCAUCUUCUAGAGAAGCUCUGUUUAUUUAAAAGGAGCCUAAAGCGGUAAAAAGCCUUGAUUAAAAACGGUGGUGCUGAUGUACAGACUACACAAUUCUGACUGUAGGCAGACAACAUGAAAAAACACAAAAGUGUCACCUCAGAACCACAAGUACACCGAAUCAAAAAAAAAAAAAAAAAAGUGACAAGAAAUAGUUUGGGUCAAGUUGGUAAUUUGUUUAUCAUUUUAAAUAUGUGAUUACUAAUUGAGUGGGAAUUUUCUGAUGUACUUUUGGCCACAGAUCCUCAUUUUAAAAAACUACACAAUAUUUUUGAUGAAACUGAAAGAAAAAUGUGAAGAACUAUUUACUAAAGAAAUCUCAAAAGAUGUAGCUUGAUCUCUUACAAUGCAAACUCUUUGACUUAGUCUUGUUAUUUAUUCAUGUAUUGUCUUGUUUUUGGUUGAGUGUGUCCUAAAAAUCCGGUUCUAAAACUUUGGAUAAAGUAGUCAGGAUUUGUUUAGCAUCCACUCUGCAAACUUAGACAUUAAAGACCGAUUUUGACACCUAAAUUCAGCGUUUGCAAAGCAUAUUUGUGUGUGGGACAUUUGUGAUACUUGGCUUCACAUUUUACUGGUUGGUGUCAAUAAAGUUCAUUUCACACAAUGUUGUUUUCAAAAUAUAUUACAAAAUUUGUGUGUUUGUUUACACUUACAAUAUGUGAGCCACAAAUACUCUGGAUUUUGUCUGUCUGUUAAUGUCACUGCCUGAAUCUUAAUAUCAAAUUUUGUUGCAUUAAGUGUUAAAAAGCUGCGGAUGAGCCACGGUGGUGGGGAUUCUGAGCCUCCAAACUACAAUAAAGUAUAAUUUGUGAUUUGG